UGGGAUUGGCAAGUCUCGGUUGGUCAUCCACUUGCCGAGUGGCAAAGAGCAUCCCUGCUUGUUCCCUCUUCUUCAGAAGUGGGCCGCCGUCACCAACACCCCUGCGGUUUUGUCAACCUCGGGGAAAGGACGCUAUCUGUUGAAAAUUGCCGCUCCUCUGGUUGUAUGGUAGGGCCCACCUGCGCCCCUACCUGUGAGCAUCAGCAGGUAUGAGGAUUCGGCUGCAGGGCACGGGUCAUGCGGCGCGCCUGCUGUCGGAGCUGAACCGCUGCCGCCUGUCUCGGCUGCUGUGUGACGUAGUGCUGCAGGUGGGGGGGCGCACCUUCCCGGCACACCGAGCCGUCCUCGCCUGCUCAUGCACACACUUCCACAGCCUCUUCUCACAGGCCUCACGCCAUGGCUCCACUUCCAGCCCCAGCAGCCUCUCCCUGGACUUUGUGUCACCGACCAACUUCGAGAAGGUGCUCACCUUCAUCUACACGGGGGAGAUCUACACAGACCUCAUCGACGUGCGCGUGCUUUACGAGCUGGCGGAGCGGCUGGGGGUGAGGGAGUUGGUGCAGGCCUGCCAUGCCACCUUCCCCGACCUGCAGAGCUCCUCGCUGGGCUUCUGCGGCAGCAGGGACAGGGAGCGGGAGCUGGAUGGCAUGGAGGGGGUGGUGGCCUCGACGGGUGGUGGUGGUGCCUCGGCCUGCUCGUCCUCCGCCGCCUCCUGCUCCUCGCUGUCCUCCUCGGCUGUGCCCACCCCUGUCACGCCGUCUCCGCUCCCCCAGGGCAGAGCCUCCCGGCUGGGCCACCUCCCACACACCUCAGCCUCCUCCUCCUCUUUCUGCCUGUCGCCCAAGGCUGAGAACUUGCACGUGGAGUAUGAAAGCCAGGGGGAGCAUGGUAAGGCAUCCUCGGACAUGAUGCAGCGCAACCAGGAAGCAGUAGGGCAGGGUGGCCCGGUACUGUCUCUACAACUCAAGGUGGAGGUGGAGGAGGAGGAGGUGGCGGUGAGAGGAGCGGAGGGAUGUGUGGAGGGCAGGACAGACAAAGACAGAAGUGACGUGUUGGCGCAAGCGCAUGCAGGAGUGGCGAGUGGGACUAAAUCUGUAGUGGGGAACAGUGUAACGUCAGGCAGAGCGUCGGAGCCUUGCUCUUUCCCAGACUCCUCGGCCCAGUUAAGUGGAGAGACCUGCGUUCCGUCCUCGUCCUGCGCCCCGUCUUCCUCCUGCAUGGAGCCCCUGGACGGUCUCUCCAUAGACACGGGAGAUGCAGAGGGAGACGCGGAUGCGGACGGAGUGGUGGCCACAAUCUUUGAGGAGGAGGAGGCAGAGGAGGAGAGCAGGAGGAGUAGGCUUAUUGGGCCUGAAGGGGAGGAGCAGGUGGAGGAGGAGGAGUCUGAGCAGGAGCAGUGGAGAGGCCUGGCGGAGGAGAUCAUCGAGCUGAGUGACGAAGAGGAGCGUUACUUGGAGGAGGCCGAGGAGGAAGAGGACGCCGACGAAGACUUGGUGUUCGUGGGCAACGGCAAUGGCAACGGCAUCAUCAGCAUCACCGGCACCGUCAGCCUGGCUCCCGAGUCGGGCACCACGGCGCCGUGCAAAGCCUGCGGGCAGACGCUACCCGCCGACGCCAGCGCCAUCCGCGCCCACGCCCACACGCACCUGACGGAGACGGGCGAGUGCCGCGUGUGCGGGGCGGCGUUCCCCGAGCUCUCGGCCAGCGUGACACACGCCCUGUCGCACGUGGGCAUCCUGCUCUUCUCCUGCGACAUGUGCCAGACGCAGUUCUGCAGCCAGUCUAAGCUGGUGCGGCACCGCAGGAUGGCCGCCGCACGCUACAGCUUCCCCACCGCCGAGCAGCUCAGCGCCCUGCCCCACAGCCAAGCCGGGGAGUUCCAGUGUGCCGUCUGCACCAAACACGUUGCCAAAGACUUAAAGGCUGUUCGAGAGCACCUCCUGAGCCACGUGUGUGCCCAGUCCCUGCGCUGCGCGGUGUGCCAGCUGCCCCAGCCGUCCCUGUGUGCCCUGCUGUGGCACUGCCUGAGCCACCUGUGCCUGGCCGCCUUCUCCUGCCCCGUGUGUGCCUGCAGCUUCCUAGAGCGCCCCCUGUUGGAGAGACACAUGGCGCUGCACGCCGACAUCCCUACCCCCACGCUGGCCCGAGUAGCUGGAGGAGGAGGAAGUGGCUCAGACGGAGGAGCCAAUGGAUUGGAGGAGGACUACCGCUGCUUCUUGUGUCCGCAGAGCUUCGGCACGGCCGCGGCCUUCCACAGCCACCUCAGCGCCCACGCGGUGGGGGACGUGCUGUCGGGUGGGGUGGGGGCGGGGAGCAGCCAAGGCUGGACGGGCAUACGGAAGCGUAAACUCGACAGCGGGCUGGACUUCUCUUCCUCCUCCUCUGGGCUGCCCUCCUCCUCCUCUGCCCUGGAUGGAGGUGGUGGUAGUGGUGGUCUGGGGAAGCUCAGUCUGGGCUUUGGCCUGGGCAUGGGGAUGGGCAUGCAGGACAAGAUGCUCCAGGGUGGGCUGCCCAGCUUCCACAGUGCCCUGUUGCCCAACAGCAGCAGCGGUGGCAGCAUUGGCAUGGGUGGCAUCACUCUGGGCGACGGCUCAAUGGCGGGCAUGGCCAUGGGCAUGGCACCCAAGCAGAAGUGGUACCGCUGCCGCUACUGCGGGAAGCGCUUCGCCCACUCGGGCGAGUUCACGUACCACCUGCGCAUCCACACGGGCGAAAAGCCCUACCAGUGCAAGUUGUGCCUGCGCUACUUCCGCGGACGCUCCACCAUCAUCUGCCACCUGAAGACGCACGCGGGCGCCCUCAUGUACCGCUGCACCUGCUGCGGACAGUAUUUCUCCACGCUCAAGCUGGUCUCCUCGCACAUGGAGCUGCACAAGGAGCACCUGCCGCCAGACUUCAACAUCGAGCAGACCUUCAUGUACAACGACCACUCCAAAGAGCCCCUCGCCAACCUCGACGUGCCCUGAGCUGAGUUGGGAGUUUUUAGUCCACCAUCACCACCUCCUCAGAGAUUCUAGGGGUAUUCUGGAGAUAGGCCAAUGUAAUAGGUUGCUUUGGGCACCUAAUAUGACCAGGUUCCGGUCUGCCUAAAGGGGUGUGCCGUAAUACCCCUAGAAUCUCUGACAUUUGAAUGGGUCUGCCUAAAGGGGGAUUUCCCCCCCUCCCCCUUGCGACAGUAGAAUUCGGAAACAAUGGGCCAACGGAACCUCUCUGUUAUCCAGUCUCUCUGACCUCCUCAUCACUCAUUCCUCUCUCCAGCGCAGUCUCGUACCCCUCUGCCCAUUUUUCGAUGCCAUUUCUCCAGGAGGCAAUAUUUGAUGCCGAGGGCAUGCCUGUCGUGUUUUAUGUUGACGUGGUGGUAGCCUAGCUAGGGGCCCCUUCCUUAAACCUAACCGUCAGUGAAGUUGUGUUGUCUCGAGGACGUGGUUUUGAGUGAAGCGGCAGUUGUAGACUCCCAAGGGCAUACUCUCGACGUUAAAUAUUGCCGCCUCAUCAAUGUGCCGAAAAGUGAUGCUUUGGAAUGAUACUGUGUUUCUCACUCCCAGACUGACUGACUCACUCACUGCCUUGUCCUCUUUCAAUUCCUGUUCUCUUUGGGGUGGUGCUUGGUCGUGGAGGGACUGUUAUAGGUUUCUGGACACAGAAUGUAUUUUACUGCCUGUUGAAAAUAACCGGUGUGCUUUUUUCUAAUGUGUAGCAAGCAAGACAUUUUUUUCGUUCUUCAGAACACAAAAAAAUGGAGCCUUUUAAAUGCGUUGUGUAGCAGUUUUCUUUAAAAAAAAAAGACUGACCGUUACAUUACCGACGUAAUGGUACUUAUUUCAAGCAAUGUCAUUGUGAUGUUUGUUGACUGCUGUAUGUUGUUGAGAGUAUGACAAGAAACUGUUUAUAUUUUAAGUGGUUAAAACUACGGCUAUUUUAGGGCAGCACAUGUGAGUUUCAUGGGUGGGAAUCACCAGGAUACUGUUAAGGGAAGGGCUUGAAACUCAGAUUUGGUUUGCUUUCUCAGGCAUAUGCCAUGGAAGACACAACAAGGUUUUUUUCAUUUUCUUUUAAAUGAACAUUAAAGGUGCAAUAUGUAGUUUAUUUUAGAAUUUGCUUUUAAGAUUGUUGCACAAACAGUUCUGUCUUGAGCAUGUUGAAGCCAGAAGUGGAGAGCCAUACUGGCUUCAGACUGUAAGCUUGCUGCCAUGUGUCUGUCCCUCAUCCUGUGAAAUAACACGGGUGUUUUCACCAAUCAGCUGAUCUGUAGAGAACAAUGGCAGAUGUCGUAUUUGAUCAAAUAGCAAAGCUUCUAUUGACAAAAAUGUUUGGACCAGGCUACAAUUUGAAGGGUGUUUUUAAUGGAAAAAGAAAAAGAUUUUUAUUUAUUGAAAAACGCUAUUGACCAGGAUACUAAAAGAGGCAGGCUGCUAUUAGGGGCCAGGCUCAAAAUUGGGGAAUUGCGGUAAGUAGAUAAGUCAUGCUCCACCCAGCCAAGGCUGAUGUUCUUGGUUAUGAAAAAUGGUUUCCAACAUAAGCAUUAACCGAACAGGGGAUGGACAAGGGAGGGAGUGAACGAUGACCUCUAACUCAGACAAUUCACACGUCAUGACCAAACAUUAGUGAUUGAGUAAAAUCAGACCCAAAGAUUUCAGACUUAAACAGAGUUCAUCCCUCCCUCCUUUAAUUUGUGAUCAUUUCGGCAGCUUCAGGCCCUCUCUAUGAAAUUAUUAGUACAAUGGUAUGGUAAGACCAAGCUAAUAUCGUCUAGACUGUUCUCAAGAUCUCCAUAUCUGGCUCCUAUGUGCUGCAGAGCUCACAGACACUCUUUGUGCAGUUGGUCUUAGUCAUCAGGGAUUAAACACACAAAAACAUAACAUGGAUGCCUCAAUAGAACACCUUUCAGACUCAAUCGGAUGCUGUGUUAGGACACCGCUAUUUUUUUUCCUGAGACAUUGCAAUAUCAAUUGCAUUUGCAAUACAAGUUUUGAGAUUCAAUUCAAUAUCUCAAAAUUUAGCAGGAAAGUCAGACCAUGCCAGGUGUGUGAAAAGUACUCCACUCCUAACAGGUUCUCCGCCUGUCAAACAAAGUAGGAGGGUAUAUGUGUCCCCUAAGGUUAUGGACGUAACUAGAUGGACAUGAACUGUUAACUUAGCUGUGUGAGUCACACAACAAAACGCCAACUGCAUUUGCAGUAACCUACAAGCACCCAACUAGCUCAGUUGAUUUUUUGUUUGUUUGUUUGGCCUUUCUUAGAAACUACAUAUUUCAUCUUUUAUACUUUUGCAGUUCUGAGCAAUACAAAAAGCCUCGAUCUGCACAUUGACCAGGUGAGCUGUUAUAAAAACUAACUGUUAAGUGUCUUUACUGAAACAUAUUCCUCUUUGAAAAACUCAAUCGUGUUAUUUUUAUAUUAGAACUGUUGUCACGUAGAUAUAUAUACAAAUAUACAUAGAUAUAUAUAUAAUCCUAUGUGUAAUAUUUUGUGUGGAUCAAUCUAUUGUAGUGUUCUAACAGGUGAAAUACAAAAAACAAAAAGUCAUCUUGAACACUUAAAUGUCCAGACAUCCUCUUCCAAGGAACAUAUCAGUGGCACUGCCAGUACAGACGUAGGGGAUGAGAAUCAAGGCUGUGCUCAGAACUGUAUUUUCUGAAACAGUGGCUGCAGUCUUGACUCUACAGCUAAAGUUUAUGUACGUUUAAAAUACACAUGUUAAAAGAAGCUUUACACAUGCCAUACUGUCUUGGAUAAUUUGACUGAUGAUGUAUUUAGGUUUAGGAUUCCACAACACAGUGUAUAUCUUUCAAAGCGAUAUCUGCACCAUUUCUGAAAAUGAGCUUAUUUUUCCUCCGUUUUUCCGGAUGUUCUCUUAGUCUGUUUAUUACUUCUUGUUCCAAGCUAGCAAUUCAAUGAUCAUUGCAAGCUUGGAGGUAGAAUUUGCAUGGCCAGACUCAGAGAACACCUCAAAGAGGAGAGAGGUACAACUUUACUCAAUAGAAGGUGUAACUUGAUCUUGCUUCCAAAAAUGGUGCAGUAUUGCUUAGAGUAUGGAGUAAGAUGGUGGUGAUGUCAUUUUCAAUGCCCUCAUUUUCACUGGGCCUUAUGUUUGUGUUCAGUCACAUUUGUUAAUUUAUUUUAUUUAUACACUUCUUUAUGGUCAAAUAUUUUUUUUGUUUAAGGUCAAUAUCUCCAUUGGUAACACAUGGACUGCCUUUCGAAACAAUUGAUGCUUUUGUCUUUCCAAGUGAACUUAACGAUAUUCUGAAAGAGUAUGUGCUUAUAAAAUUAUGGUGAUCCAAGAAUAAACCUCUUCCCUGCAAAGAAAA